CUUGGAUACUCCCCGAUCGGACGGUUCUAGAUUGUCAUUCGAUCGCUCUCCGAAAUGCCGUCUGUUGCGGAGGUGGGUUUCCUCUUGUUUGCUUUGCACGUUCCUGCCUGCUGUUCUCUCCAUGGGGUCCUUGAAAAAUGUAUAUCCGGCUAAAUUGUACUGUGUUUCUCUCCAGCGUCCGCGCUCGUCGCAAGAGGCUCUACUUCGACUCGAAAAGGGCUCCGGCUCUCCGACUGUUCAGCUGAAUGAGGCCGCCCAGAUAAUUGGACUCGACCUGGCCCUGUGCGCGAGUCACCCCGAAAUCAACCGAACCCCUCAUAUCCAGACCAAGGCCGCUCCGAAGGAAGAAUGGGUGCUGCGAUGGCUGCUGAAGAAGCUGAAGGCGGGCAAGAACUACCGCGUCGAGCCUGCCUCGUUUCUGUUGUUGCGACAGCUCAUUGACCUGAUCCCCCCGAAGACGUUGGCGAUUACACUGAAAGAUCAGAAAUUCUUGGGCAUCCUCAGCCACGCGAUCACCGACUUGGAGGACGACGUUUUUGCCGGACUGGAGAAUGGGACGACGGAGUUUCUUCGCUCGGACUCGGAAUCGAGCAAGACGCUCAGCGAUUCGACGCAGGACGCGGGGAAGUACGACAAGAAGGGAACCAAAAGGAAGAGGCCCGGUGAUGGAGAACCAGAUGCCAUGGACAUCGAUGAACAGCCGCAAACGCCGACUUCGUGUUUCUUGACCUUCAUUCGCGCCCUGGAUUGCUUGUACAGUCUGGUCAACCUGGCCAGUCGGACAUUGGGGAUUGAGGAAGUGGCCAGCGCUCACUUGAGACAUGCUCUGAAGGGAGAGCCCGAAUCGAUUGCUUUGACGUUGGGCAAGUCGUUCAGGAUUGCUGCUGUGGCCACUAACCAAUUCUCUCACGCGCGGAAGACGACCGAUCUGCAACAUCUUUUGUAUGUGCUUCCGGCAGUAUUGGAGCUGUGGGAACUGAGAUCUUAUCGCCGAAAUGACUCAGACAGUGGAUCAAGUAACGAAUCUUUUGCCAAGGUUUGCUUCCAGAGUGCAUUGAGAUUGCACCUCUGCGUGCGAUCUGUCCGACUAGACACGGACGAGAGAGCCCAAGUUCUACAGGGGGUGGAGCGUUUGAUUGCCCUUCACGUGGUGCUCCCAGCUCGAGCAGCAUUUUACGACCGAGGAGGCUCCGGCAUAGAUUAUUCGGCGAGUGAGCCGGACUGGAGUCCAGUCAAGCCCGUUUCCGACACUUUCAAGCCGAUUCUGUGUGGGGCGGACUCCGCUGGCGCCACUGGCGAAAGCACAAACACUACGACAAAGACGCUAUGGAAGACUGCGGAAUUAUUACCAGAAUUCUUUGACAUCGCAUCUCGUUCGGUGCCCAGAGACACAUUUCGAAGGCAGACACACGAGGCUCCGUGGCUAGAGACCCUGUUUGUGGCUGUUGCUGAGCUUGCGUAUUGGAUCGUGAAGGCAGAAGAUGCAAAUAUUUACCUCCCAGAAUUCGUCGGCAUCCUUGAACGUCUUUUCCGCGUGGUUCUUUCUCGGAAUGUGCAGCUAUCUCUCCAUACCUUGCUUACGCAUGCUGUGUACACGGGCGUGCUGAAGGAUGGUUUGGCGCAAGUUGAGUGGAGCCUCACGACGUUGCUUAUUGACCUGGGUGCCGACAUCUUUUUGCCCAACUCUGGCCUACCUGAUUCGACCAAACUUCUCAAAGCUCUACUUGAGAAAGUUCAUUUACAUUGGCGCAGUGGCGUGCCCCGCACUCAUGAAAGUUACGACGUUAUAAAGAAUGGCAUCGUGAUUCCCUUGUUGCGAGGAUUUGUGGCUGCCCGAGAUUUGGCAACAUUCAUGCAGUUGUGGACCGAGCAGCUAAUUAAUAUCGAGGAGGCGCGAUCGCAGGACAGCAACUUGAGCCUGUUUUCUGUCUGGGAGGAUGACGAUGUUUGCAACAUUUACAGUGAACUGAUGCGCAAUCCUCUCACCCAUGCGCAUGCUGCAGCGCAGAUGCACGCCGCGGCUGCAGAAGUCAAGGGCAAAGAUGGUAAGAUAUCGGCUACACCUACAGCCUACGCCCAGUUUUUGAUUCUAGAGGCGGGCCUGAGAAGUCGCACGUUGUAUUCUACGGCCUCAAAUGAAGACUUGGACGUCGUCAUUGAAACGUUGGCCUCCACCUUGCCUUCGAAACAGAGCCUCCAUUGGAGGUGGCGGUUAUGGAGACUUGUUCGAAAUCUCCUCGAAAAUAAUGGCCAGUUUGCUGAUGGCAACCGUGGUGCUACGAUCAUGGGAUUCACGGAUGCUGCCGCCAAAUCGAUCCGGCGCCAUCAGAAGGAUCAGGUGCAGAAGCCGUGUGCCCCGUUGGAGUGUUUUGAGGCAUACCGAUUUACCCUCGCCUCGGUCAAAGCAUCUCCCGAAUCUAGCAAUGUCGACAAGUUCAACACACUCACAAAGGACGUCGCAAGCUUUCUUCGAUCGAGCUCCACGAAGGAUGCUUUGCAGUCGAUGGACUCCCCAUGGGAUGGGCGGGCCGAGACUCUUACUUCUCCCAUCACCCUUGCUCUGGCUUAUUUCCUGGCUAUCGUUCGGAGUCCGGAGAUUUGGCCCGUUAUCGAGAUUGACAGUCGCCGGUCUUUGCUUCAGCAUGUGCUCACCUUGGCGACAUCACAAUACAACCCAUCGUCGUCCAUCCUAGAAACUGCUCCGGCGGGAGCGAGAUUCUUGCAAGCAUGGGUUAGCGUUGUUUGCCACGAAUAUCUCUUCAAUGCCCCCAUAAUUGUCGCGGACUUGAUACACGUGCUCACGGGGCCCGUUAAAGACGCUACCUCAAACCGCCAGCUAUAUGUCGAGAGUCUUCAGAGGAUCCCCGCCCCGCUUGUCACCCGUCAUCAAAGAGCAGUUCUCUUGGAUCUGAUGCAAAACGUUGUUUUGCAGGAAGUCAGCACGCCCGAAGUCACCGUGGGGCUACUGUCCUUGAUGGCGAAGCUGGCCGACAUGCCCAAGUCUGCAGCCAUUCUCACCAGCGACUGGGAGCCAAUGUGGACCGUGGCCAAAGCCGUUUCCUUGCGAGGAAGCGACGUUGAUCUCCAGAUCAUGAAAGCGUUCCGCAAUCUACACCGAGCCAUCGUGGCGAAACUGCUGGUCUUGUCCGAGGACGACCGCCGCAAAAUGUUCAAGAAGAUGUAUCGCAAGGUAUCCUCCAAGGCAUCCAAAUUACGAUCGAUCGAUCGCGACUCAAUGGACUGUUUCUUCAUCCGGAUAUCGCUGUCCCAGCUUUGGCUUCAUCGCAAGAGUCUUUCCGGCAUCUUUGACGAGGAAGAGCUGGCAAGCUGUCGGCAGAAGGUGUUUGAGCUUGUCGUGGCGGAGGUGAAGUCCGUCAAAGACAAAUGCAAGAAGCAGAAGCUCGAGGAAACCAUCACGCUGAUCAAGAUCCUCGACGCACUGGAGGAUUUCGAAGAUCUUGCCACCGAUCACACGGAGGUGGAAAAGUUUCUGUCUAAGAUUGAAAGCUACGUGGAAAAAUCCAUCGACUCCGGGUCCUCCCUACGACGACUGAUCCGGCGUCGCGUUCUCGCCGGUCGGGGCGCGGACAAGAGCAUUACGCUCCCUGUCAUCCAGUAUGCAGAAGCCCUUCCGCUGCGACAAAUGUACGGCGAAGAGCAACGUCUGUUUAUUCGGUCGACAAGUGCACGGUUCCGAUCUUUGACGUCGGACGAGCUUACCCGCGUGAUCCGCGAUAUUCGGGAGCUUGGGUUCCUCGGCGACAGUGCCGAAUACCACCUGCUCAUCUGCGGGCUGGCCGUGGCAUCUCUUGCCCCCGUUGAAGACAAGGACAAUGAUGCGGCUCGGGAGCUGUCACUCUUGUGUACGGCGGUGACGGAGUCGGUGUCGCGCAGCAAAUCGAUCGAGCAAUUCACCUUCGGCACCGAGUGCCUGGACAUCCUGCUGCGCAACCAUACGCGCUGCAUCAGUCAAUGGAACAUCGAUGGUCUGCUGGCCUGCGUUGCAGUGUGCGCCUCCAAAGCCGGGCCGCGCAUCAACCCGGAAUUCUCGGCCACGAUCUACAUCCGACUCUGCCGGAUCAUGGGGGCUCUUCUGAGCAUCCAUCGCCAGAAGCUGGGAGGACGGUUCCACCUCAUCCUUCCUGCCAUGCAGCGACUGCUGAAUUGCCUGUUUGCUCGAUCCCGCAAGCGCAGCCGAUCCAUGCUCUCGGAGAAGCGACAGGCCGAACAACCUUUCUGGCUGGCUUCCCUCGACGCGGCCCAUGCGGUGCACUUCACGCGACUUCUCACCUCCCUGUGCGAUCCCACGGUAUCGGCGGUGUCGCGACCGACGCAGUCCGGGGUGGGCUACGAGGGGCUGACGGACCAGACCAAGAAGGCCAAACGGAUUGCGGGGCAGUACCUGCAGUACCUGGUUAUGGAGUAUGCGCAAAGCUCCUUACGGGGGACGCUAGCGCCCGAGGUCAAGGCGGCCAUCAUGCCGGGGUUGUACUCGGUGCUGGACGUCAUGUCGCGGGAUACGAUGCGGGCGCUGAAUGCCGGCCUGGACGUGUCAGGACGGGCGGUGUUCAAGGGGUUGUACGAUGAUUAUAUGAAGUUUGGCAAGUGGAACCAGGGGUAGAUCAUUCACGUUCAUUGUUUCUUGUUCAUUGUUCAUAGUUCAUAGUUCAUCUGAUGGGGGCGAUAGACGGAUAGAACGGAGGGCGGUUGAUUUUAGCGCAUAAUAUACCACACUUUGCGAGUUGUUUGAUGCACGGUGGAAUCUUCACAGGAUGGAUACCCCGAGAACCCGGGGGCGACUAG